AUGCCCGUGCUAAGCUUCCAGCUGCACCAUUCCGGCCGCGUCGGCGUCGCGUACCUCUGCCACCUCGAUGAGUGGGUGCCGGACGAGCACCGGACGCACUGCGCCGUGUGCCGCCAGUCGUUCUCUUUCUUUACGCGCAAGCACCACUGCCGCCUCUGCGGCGAAGUCAUUUGCAUGCAUUGCUGUCGCUUCGUACGCUUUCACGACACCCACCGCGUGCGCGCGUGCGUCGACUGUGAGGUGCAGAGCCGUCUCGUCUUCGCCGAGCCGGCGCGCGCUCUGCCCUUGACACUGCCCACCACCCGACACCGCGUGUACGCGGGCUGCGAGUCGGCGCAUGACGAAGAUCGAAGCCUUGCCUACUGGGCGAUCGCCAUUCUCUUGGGCGGCAUGUGGCUCCAUGGCGAUGCGGCGUUUUGGGUCGGGCUCUUUGGUCUCUUCCUUGUCGGUAGCAGCAUGCUGCACCUUCUUUGGCCGUGUCUGAUGACGCUGCCUCCGACAAGAGCACCACCUAAGGCUCCUGCCAAAGCGUACUGA